GACUUGGCCGUGGAUGUUCUGCCUGCCCUCAACUGACUGCCCGAUUCGACCCCAUCACGUACGGGUUCUCACGUGUUCAACGAUGCGCUUACAGAUUGUGUAGUGGUGUGGACACAUCUCAUAGGAAAACUAUUUGAAGGCAGGACUUCAACCAAUAGGGAGAAAUCCGACGUGUUUAACUGACCAGGCUGCAGAGUCAAAUUCUCCUGGGAAUGGAGUCUAACACAGGACUUUCUCCCACUUCUGCAAGCCACGUGACAGAAUCACGGAGUCCAAAGGAGCCAAAGUUGUCGUCCAAUCAACCGCAGCUUGGCUCAAAAUCAAACCAGGUGAGCACUGUGUUGCUGUACGGGAUCCCGAUCGUAUCGCUUGUGAUCGAGUCUCAAGAGAGGCUGUGCCUGGCGCAGAUUUCCAACACACUGCUCAAGGAAUUCAGCUACAACGAAAUUCACAACCGGCGCGUGGCUCUGGGGAUCACUUGCGUGCAGUGCACCCCGGUACAGCUGGAGAUCCUUCGGCGGGCUGGAGCCAUGCCCGUGUCUUCCCGUCGCUGCGGUAUGAUCACGCGACGGGAGGCCGAACGCCUCUGCAAGUCCUUUCUGGGUGACAAUAGCCCUCCUCGCCUGCCGGAAGACUUCGCCUUCUCUGUGCACCACGAGUGUGCCUGGGGGUGCCGCGGGGCUUUCUUGCCCGCCCGCUACAACUCCUCCCGGGCCAAGUGCAUCAAAUGCACUCUCUGCGGCCUAUUUUUCUCGCCAAACAAGUUCAUAUUCCACUCGCACCGCACAGGGCCUGCUGCCAAGUACAUCCAGCCCGACGCCGCCAAUUUCAACUCCUGGAGGAGGCACAUGAAGCUUAGCGGUUCACCACCAGAGGAGAUCAUUCACGCCUGGGAAGACGUCAAGGCGAUGUUUAACGGUGGCACCAGAAAACGUCUGUUGGCAUCAGCGGCUGUCGUUCAUAACCAAAGUCAUCACCCCCAGCCAACAUCGACACCAGCAAAGCAAGCCAAGGUAACGCAAGAGCCUUCGACGUCCACAGUCCCCUUUUCGGCGACCCCUGCUCCUAUUUCCGCCCCGCCACCUCGCGUUCCACCAUUCCCUGAUCUCCCACUACCACUUUCCCGCAGCCUGGUCAUGGACUACGUGUGGCACCACAGCACAGGAAACAUCAAACACCAUCAGUUCCCGUUCCCGCCCUACGCGGCGGCACUUCCCUGGUUGGCGAAGCGAGGGAGCCCUUUUCUGGGUUUUGGUCCGACGCCGCAUCCCGACGGAUCGCUCCACGCUGCGGUGGGACCGCAGCCAGGAGACAGCAAGUUAUACCAGUCGGCUUUCCGGCCGGUGUACCCCGUACUACCUCGGCCCUUGGAGUCAGAGCAGCAACCCGACUACGACCUGGAGGCCUGUAGCGACGAGGAAACUGUCGACAUCGAGACGACAGAGGAGGACCCACCCGCAAGCACAGACACUGCUGCCAACUGCUGGAGCAAGGAUCAGGAGCGCGCAGGUGAGGGGCGCGCAUUAGAGGAGCAGUCUGAAGCCGUAAGAGGCAAACAGGCUCACCAAGAAACCCAAUCGUCUCCACAGGAGGGAAGCAGACUAUGGACAGUGGCAAGGUUAUCAGACAGAGCACUCUAUCGGCAAGAAAUGGCGAGGCAUCUCCACAUUAUGCGAGAACUGGCAGCGCCGUCUGGAACUGAGCCGUGUUCUUACUUCAGUCUCGCAGAACCGCUACAAAAUGUAGAGAGAAGACAUGAGCGCCUCAGAGAAGCUCAGAGCGCGCUGCAGCAGUUAUCGACCAAGAUGGUGCUUGAUUGCUCAACGUGCCACCAGCUGUACAACAACUCAGUCAUUUCUUCUGAAUCAAAACUUACGCCGUAGAACGUUUGGCGUCAAAGAGCUUUUCAUCUUUUAGAUAACUGGCUUGGACUGAGAAUUAAAUGACGCUUGCUGCUGAGUACUACCACGCGUUUCUUUAUAAUACCGAAAUUAAUGGUGGGCACUUUCCAUUGUGCGAGGCAUAAGAGUGUCUAAUAUACACGGUACGUCGACGGCAGGGUUCUACUCCCUCUUCAAGUUGAUUGGUUGUCUGGUUUCCAACAGGUCUAUUAAUAUCAGAGGUCAGGAUCGAAACCCAUGCCUUCUGAAUAACUAUAUCCUUUUUUAUUCAAAGGAUUCCAAAAGAUGGUUAUCUUCUGGGUUGUAGAGCCGCGUAGUCUGGUAGUAGUUUACCAUCGUUUCAGAGGUCAUUUCUGCCUCUAUCAUCAGGGGGCGAAAGCUGGUAAACUAUUACCGGACUACAAGGCUCUACAACCCAAAAGACAGCCAUCUUCGGUCUCACUGCCAUAAGAACCUCAAAUCCUACUUAAAAGGAUUCCAGGUUCGGUUGCAAUAGCUGUCAUUAAAAUAGAGGCGGGGAGAAAUAUGUAGUGUUAUGAUAACCAUUUACCCGGAGAUUCACUUUUGGUAGAGAGUACUUAUUAACAAACGAUAAUGGGCUGUUCUUAAGUAAAGGACACCUCAAUAUAGGUUUUAACUCGUUUUCCUACAAAUCACAUCUAUUUAAAUUUGACACUUCGAUCAGGUGGUGAUAAUUUAAGAACGUAUGUUCAAAACAUGAUGUUCGUUAUUUUUAAUCAACAUAUGAGAAAUCUAGAAAUUGCCCUUGGAAUACAAAUUCAGAAAUAAUGUUCAUAUUAAAACUUGUUAUUCUAGUCAGUAGCGAGUGUUAUUGCUGUGAUUUACAUUGUCAGCUGUGUUAUUUACAAUCACUCUGUCCAUAAAGUAAGUUUCCGUGCUGCAUAACAUUGCAGCAUAGUUGGCAGCAUUAUGUGUGUAAAUAUGGCUGCAUCAACUUCAGUUUUGAUGUACAUAGAAACUUUUACCUAAAUAUUCGUCGAUCUGGUCAGAGUGUUUUAUGUGACUGUGGUUGUUUCAUAAAUAGAAAUUAGAUGCACGAAGUUUUGUAAUUAAAUGAUCAGAUCAUAUUUGAACAGUAAGACUCAAAAGCCAAGUAAAUCAAUGAAAUAUUUCAAGAUAUCACACAUGAAUUAGUUACGGAAACUGUGUUCCAUAUCAUUGCGUUGUCAGCAGAACAGAUUGUUAAUUUUCGUUACUUUCAUUUCAAGGCCCUAACAUUUUAUAAAUGGUUUCACCGCAUAGAAAAGCGUAUCACCACCUAAAAUGCACGCUUACUUUACUUUCAAUUUAUUUAAUUAUUAGAUUUGAUCUACAAAAAGUAAAAAAAUAAAAACAUUUUUCAUAUGUGUUUAGUGAUUGAUCACAUAGUCUCAUAUUUCAUAAGUAAUUCUCAUACAAGAAUUCAAAACCGUUGUCUGAAAUACAAAACAUUGAAUUAAUAAUUUAAUUAUAGCCAUUUUACGUUGUUAUUCGUUAAAAGCUUGGCAGCUGUUUUAUAAAAGAAUUACCGGAGUUUUGGAAAUGCUAGCUAUAUGGAAAGUAACCUUAAAACAACAACGAGGGGUUGGCUAUUCACUUAUGCACAUUGCAGAUUAUAAAAUGCAUGGAAGUAAAUAUUAUGGAAAUAAAUGUUAUAUUCGGACGGAUAUGUUAGCUGAGAUCUCUGGUUCUUACGUCUUUGAGUAUGAAGACGGCAGUCUUCUAAAUUGUUGCGCCGUGUAGUCUCUUAGAAGUUUACCGACGUUUCACAGGUGCUUGCUGCCUCCAUUAUCAGGGCAAUGAAUAAAGCCGCUCAUUAACAACUGGUGCAAAAAAUACAAAUCUCGUUGAAGACUGUACAGUUAGAUUAAACGGUUAUAAACGUCCUUAAUCUAUGUAUUUCAACACAUUUAUUUUGAGAGAUAAUGUUAUUACAGGUGAACGCCAAACUUGACCAUAGGCUGGACAUAAUUCCAAAUCAUAGCACAAUAUGUUAACCUCGCCCACAUGUAAAUAUUUACAGAUGUUACAUAAUGAAUGAGAAUAUUGUAAAUUAAAUAUUAUAUAGAAAUAAAAACUAGAUUAGGGUGUGAGCUGAA